AUGGAGCCUGAGGCCAAGUGGAACGGCAGCUCAGACCAAGUGGAAUUCAGCAAGAUGUCCCCAAGAAGCCAGGGAUUCACUAAGCUGCCCGGCCAGAAGACCUGUGGAAAGAGUGUACUUCUCUUUACCUUUGUGCUACUGAUCUCUGCGGCCCUGUGGGGAACACUCCUAUUCUUGUUCCUAACUCGGUACAGAGAGCUAGUCCAGGACUUGGAGAAGCUUCGGGAGUCCUGUGUGUACCGUAAUGACUCUGGGAUUCUGACUGUCCUUAGACGGCUACAAGAGGCACAGCUAAACCUCAGAACAAAUGUUCCUCAACUCUCCAAGACCCUGAACAAACUCCAGGAAGGUCAGACAUCUCUGAAAUCUGAAGCUUCUCGGUUCUCUCAACAACUGAAAAGACUUGAAGAAGACAGCACAGCCUUCAGGUCUCAGGUGCUGAAUGAGAAGGACGAUGCUACUCAGGCUCGGGGAAAACUGGAAGAAGAGAUUGAGAAGCUUUGGAUUGAAUUCCAAAGAGCAACCGGAUGGACAGUUCUCCCCUCUUCCCCUUCCCCAAACCUCACAGCUUCUCAGCCCUCCCAAGGACUGGACAGGCUUGAAGAUCACACAGCCAUGCCAACCCAGGGCUCUAUCUGCACAAAGUGCCCAGAAGACUGGCAAUUGUUCCAGAAAAAAUGCUACUUUUUUGGGAAGGAGCCCAAGACAUGGUCCCAAGCCAAGUUUGCCUGCAUCAAUCUUCAGGGUCGGCUAGUCAGCAUCAAAAGCAGAGAGGAGCAGGCUUUCCUAACCCAGAAGGCCAACAAGAAGGGUUCCUGGAUUGGCCUCCGAGAUCUGAACAUAGAAGGCUCAUUUGUUUGGAUGGAUGAGAGUCCCUUGAACUACACCAACUGGAGCCGAGGAGAACCCAACAACCAGGGUCAGGGAGAAGACUGUGUGGCAAUGCGUGGUACCAAUGGCCUCUGGAAUGAUGCCAACUGCCGGGGGCAACAGGAUAGCUGGAUCUGUGAGAAGCUAGCCACAUGCUAACCACUUACCAUGGCCCAGAACUAAAACCCAGCAUUAACCCUGAUAUGGCAGGGUCAAAAGGUUUCUUAUUUCUCAUAAAGAAGAAAAGGAAGGAAAUGCCCUCCAAACCUGGACCUGAAACCUAAUGCUCCUGAUCCUGCAUCCUAUCCCAGCCUCUGGCCCUCCCAUUUCCUUGGCUUUCUGCCCCUACUCCAAGCUUUCCUACUCUCAGAUUAGGACCCAAGCCCUCAAUCUCCAGCCUUCAGUCCCUUCCCUGAACUGGGAGGGAAAGCCAACCCUCCUCCUGGCACCCACUUUUCCUGAGGUUGUAGGAAAAGCCACAUCUCCCAACCUUCUCUAAACUCUCAGCCCUCCAUCCCAGGAUGCCCAGAUACUCUUAGCUGCUUUCUCACUCACCAAAGAUUCUUGGAUAGUUUCCAAGGCAUGCCAGGGAAGGCUGAAUUUGUCCUGGCUCUUCCUUUCCUCCCACUCUACCUCAAUGGGUUAAAGAUCAGGGUCAGUCUCACACUUCUGCUUGCAGUCCACCACUGCCCUGGAAGGCUAGUUUUCUCCUCAGCUCUUCUGCAACCAGAACUAUAGUUCACCUCUGGGUUUUUGUUACCAUCUCUGGUCCUGACCCCCAGGCUGAGCUAUGGGUUCAAAAGCAGCCAUCCCAUUUACAGAUGAGGACACUAAGGCUUCUAGCCCAGUCUAUGGCACACUCAGGGUCUAGGUCUAGGACUUCACACUCACCCUGAGCCAUAGUUAAUUCCAGUUCCAACAAGCCACAUUCUCAAUUUGCCACUUAUUCCCUACCUCCACUCCACCAGACCUCAGUCCCCAAGUCUCACUGUUCCCUGUCCCUCAGUUUUGCUCCCAAAUAUACAAAAGCCUGAAGUCUUUCUGGAGGAAUCAUCAAAUCCUGGUCUCUGGUGCCUCUAGGAAGCUUGGAAGAGAGAAAAUAUAUUUAUAGGAUAGUCUGUCAUCUUCCUCCCAUAGGAUUUGGCGAUAGAUGGGCCCUUAAGAUCAUUUCAUUCAAUCCCUUCAUCUAAUAUUUAGGGAAAAUUCAGCCCAGAGAUAAGUGACUCAUCCAGGGUCAGUGAGAUGACCUAACAUGUCAGGCCAGACAUAAGCAGCAGAACUGAGAUUUGAGCCCAGUUCUUCUGUCUAGGCUCUCUUCACUACACUCACACUUUCAGACUUUCUCCAUACAGCCUAUCCAGAUGCCCUUUUCACUAGUCCAGCCCAGCUGCUGUCAGCCCAUGUCCUCCCUCCCCCAACAAUACGUGAAGUUCAGAAGCUCAAGCACCUUCAGCUCACUGGUCAGAGCAGACUGCUAUGGUUCACAAGGGCCUUAACUGAACAAGUCUCUCCUCCUCAGUUUUUCUUUGAAUAAAAACGAUGGACU